UCCAGCUGUCCGUCUCCACGCAUGCUCUAUCAGACUGCGGGAGGACAGAAAACGUACAAGAGGCAGAGGAUCCUGGGUGCUGAUCCACAAAGCCACCGGAAGAACAUAGCUGAAAGAAACGUGCAGAAGAAGCUUAGCCUAUUCCUUCUGUAACCUCUCAGCACCAAUCCCCACCAAACUUCUAUGAGUGUAUGCAUGCGUGUCUGAUUCCUUCUCUUUUGUCAACACUUCCAGAAGUGUGUUUUCCUCUUUGCUCAUAAGAGAGUGCUGAAGAUGUGUGUGAGGAUGCGGCCCAUGUAUCUUUUGGUGUUUUGUAUGUGCAUCUCUGUGUUUCUCCACCGUGCUAUUUCACAGCCUCCCACAGAAACUGACACCUACACGGAAUGUACAGAUGGGUAUCAUUGGGAUCCACAGAUACAACAUUGCAAAGAUAUAAAUGAAUGCGAGACAAUCCCAGAGGCCUGUAAGGGAGAGAUGAAGUGUUUCAACCACUAUGGCGGGUACCUGUGCCUCCCUCGCUCUGUUGGGGUCAUGUCCGUCAAUGAGCCUCCAAACCAGAUUCACCCCAAUUUGGAGAAUGUUGCCAGCGAGCCUUUCAAUCCAUGUCCUACUGGUUUUGAGCCUCUAGGAGACAGCUGCGUGGAUGUGGAUGAAUGUAAACAAGACACGCACGACUGUCAGCCAAGUCAGGAGUGCUUCAAUACAGAAGGAUCCUUCAACUGCCAAUGUCCAGACGGUUACCGCAAAGUGGGGACAGAAUGCAUUGACAUCGAUGAGUGCCGGUAUCGCUACUGUCAACAUCGCUGUGUUAACGUCCCGGGCUCAUUCUCCUGCCAGUGUGAGCCUGGUUUCCAGCUGGCGAGCAACAAUCGCUCCUGUAUCGAUGUUGACGAGUGUGGCAUGGGGGCCCCCUGCAGUCAGAGGUGUUACAACACAUACGGGACGUUCCUCUGUCGCUGUGAGACGGGUUAUGAGCUGGGGCCAGAUGGCUUCGCUUGCAAUGACAUCGAUGAGUGCAGUUUCUCCAGUUAUCUGUGCCAGUAUCAGUGUGUUAAUGAGCGUGGGAAAUUCUCCUGCGUCUGUCCUGAUGGCUAUCAGUUACUGAGCUCGCGUCUCUGCCAAGAAAUAAACGAAUGUGAGGCGGGAACUCAUCAGUGCUCCGAUGGACAAACCUGUGUGAACAUUCAUGGAGGUCAUAAAUGUGUUGACACUAAAAGCUGUCAGGAACCCUAUAUACAAGUCGCUGACAAUCGCUGUGUGUGUCCCAUCACAGAGUCCGGCUGUCGAGACCUUCCCUAUUCCGUUGUGAAUCGGUACAUGAGUAUCACUUCCGAACGCUCUGUUCCCUCAGAUAUCUUUCAGAUCCAGGCAACCAUCGUCUAUCCUGGAGCCUAUAACACUUUCCGCAUCCGCUCUGGAGAUGAAAAUGGAGACUUCUACCUCAGGCAAAUCAACAACAUCAGCGCCAUGCUCGUUCUCGCCCGCGCCGUGAACGGCCCCGCAGAGUAUGUGCUGGAUCUGGAGAUGGUUUCUGUCAACCCUCUAGCGAGCUACCACAGCAGUUCAGCCCUUCGCUUAACAGUAUACGUCGGGCCCUAUGCCUUUUAACCCAGAGAGAUGGCCAGAGAGGGAACCAGAGGUGGAAGAGUGGAGGCACUGAUUGAUUCAUCCAACAAUGAGGUUUUAUGAGCUGAAUCUGCCAACAUUUCCAAGAUUGUACAGAGGUCAUUCUCAUGGGAGAUGUAGCAACCAAUGCAACUACUACAUUAGAAGUCAUCAAAAAGAGAUUAGAGACAGGCACUAUAUUUUAUGGACAAAAUGUCUGAACGAUUUCAACUUUCUAUGUUGUCUCAUAUGGAAAACGUUUCUAGCUGCACUAUGAAUUCAAACCUGCUGUACAACGAUGUUUUGUGAGACUCUCCCAUGUUCAAGUAUAUUAUAGUUUAUUUCUUUAGAGGAUCUCGUCCUCAGGAUGAGGGGUGCAGCUCUGCCGGGUCACUAUAAUAAUUUCUCCUGUUCAAUCAGAUGUAGCAAUAACAACAUCAGGGUAGUGAUGCUGUAAAAAUGCAUCUCUGUAUGUACCCAGCGUCAAGCUAAAACCAUUAUUAAUUUUCAACUAUGUGUAAUCCAUCCCUGAGUUUAGUAUUUGUUGUUAUUCAUUGCUGUUUUUCAGUAACCACUCAGUCAUUCCAAACCUCUUCUCCCCACCAUCAUCAAAAAUGUUCACAACGUUACUGUGUGUCGUUUUUUUAUACCAUUGCUGCCAAUGUUGUUUUUUCAAUCCUGGAUUUAUUACUGUAAUAAAUUUGAUAAAACCA